AUGUCUUCACAGAGAGAGGAAGAGGAGUUGCUGUGUUUUGUGUCAGGACGUCCUGAAGGAUCCGGUCUCUACCAGCUCUGGUUCUGCAGACAGUGCAUCACCUCAUACUGGUACCAGUCUGCUUCAUCAGGAGACGCCUCCUGUCCCCAGUCUGGAGAAAGACCCAGAACAAGACAAACAGAUGGUGGUCUGCAGGAGCUUUUAGAUGAACAUAAGAUCGGUCUGAGGAGGAGAUGUGAACGUGUGACUGAAGGAACUGAUGAAACAGGAAGUGGAACCCUCCUCAACAGGAUCUACACUGAGCUCUACAUCACAGAGGGACAGAGUGAAGAGGUUAAUACCCAACAUGAGGUGAGACAGCUUGAGACAGCUUCCAAGAAGAAGACCCUCCAUGACGCUCCAAUCAGGUGCCACGACAUCUUUAAAGCCUUACCUGACCAACAGAGACACAUCAGAGUGGUUCUGACGAACGGCGUCGCUGGCGUUGGAAAAACCUUCUCAGUGCAGAAGUUCACUCUGGACUGGGCAGAGGGCUCGAACAACCAAGAUGUCAGUCUGGUGGUUCUGCUUUCGUUCAGGGAGCUGAACCUGAUCAAAGAUGAGCAGUACAGUCUUAUCAGGCUGCUCCAUGUUUUCCAUCCAACAUUACAGAAGGUCACAGUAGAGCAGCUCGCUGUCUGUAAACUUUUGUUCAUCUUUGACGGCCUGGAUGAAAGCAGACUUUCACUGGAUUUCCACAACAAUGAGGUUGUGUCUGACGUCACACAGAAAUCUUCAGUCAACGUGCUGUUGACAAACCUCAUCAAGGGGAAUCUGCUUCCCUCGGCUCUCGUCUGGAUAACUUCCAGACCUGCAGCAGCCAAUCAGAUCCCUCCUGAAUGUGUGGACAGGGUAACAGAAGUACGAGGCUUCACUGACGCCCAGAAGGAGGAGUACUUCAGGAGGAGAGUUAGUGAUGAAGAUCUGUCCAACAGGAUCAUCUCACACAUCAAGACCUCCAGGAGCCUCCACAUCAUGUGUCUAAUCCCAGUCUUCUGCUGGAUCACUGCUACAGUUCUGGUCCACAUGUUGACUACAGACCAGAGAGGAGAGCUGCCCAAGACCCUGACUGACAUGUACUCACACUUCCUGCUGGUUCAGACAAAGAGGAAGAAGCAGAAGUAUGAUGAGGGACAUGAGACGAGUCCACAGGAGCUGAUGGAGGCUAACAGGAAGGUUCUUCUAAAGCUAGGGAGGCUGGCGUUUGAACAGCUGGAGAAAGGAAACAUCAUGUUCUACCAAGAAGACCUGGAGCAGUGUGGUCUUGAUCUCACAGAGGCCUCGGUGUACUCAGGAGUUCUUACAGAGAUCUUCAAAAGAGAGAGCGUGAUCUUCCAGAAAACAGUCUACUGCUUCGUUCAUCUGAGCAUUCAGGAGUUUCUGGCUGCAGUCUACAUGUUCCACUGUUACACCAACAGCAACACAGAGGUACUGAAGGACUUCCUGGGAGAAGAGUAUGUUAAUCCAACUCUGGAUGACUUCCUGAGGGAAGCAAUGAUGAAACCCCUGAGGAGUGAAAAUGGCCAACUGGACCUGUUUGUUCGCUUCCUUCAUGGCCUCUCUCUCGAGUCCAACCAAAGACUCUUAGGAGGCGUGCUGGGUCACACAGACAACAGUCCAGAAACCAUCCAGAGAGCCAUCAACAACCUGAAGGAGAUAAACAGUGAUUAUAUCUCUCCUGACAGAAGCAUCAACAUCUUCCACUGUCUGACGGAGAUGAACGACCACUCAGUCCAUCAGGAGAUCCAAGAGUUCCUGAAGUCAGAGAACAGGUCAGAGAAGGAACUCUCUGACAUCCACUGCUCAGCUCUGGCCUACAUGCUGCAGAUGUCAGAGGAGGUUCUGGAUGAGUUGGACCUGAAGAAGUACAACACAUCACAGGAGGGACGAUGGAGACUGAUUCCAGCUGUGAGGAACUGCAGAAAGGCUGUACUGUCUCACUGUGGACUCUCAGGCACUCACUGUGAAGUCAUGGCCUCAGCUCUGAAGUCCAACCCCUCCCAUCUGAGAGAGAUGGACCUGAGUGACAAUGACAAUCUGCAGGAUUCAGGAGUGAAGCUGCUGUCUGCUGGACUGGAGAGUCCACACUGCAGACUGGAGACUUUGAGAUUGAGUUACUGCAGUUUGUCAGAGAUCAGCUGUUCUUCUCUGGGCUCAGCUCUGAAGUCCAACCCCUCCCAUCUGAGAGAGCUGGACCUGAGUCACAACGAGCUGCAGGAUUCAGGAGUGAAGCUGCUGUGUGGUUUUCUGGGGAGUCCACACUGUAGACUGGAGACUCUGAGAUUGAGUGAGUGCAGUUUGUCAGAGAUCAGCUGUUCUUCUCUGGUCUCAGCUCUGAAGUCCAACCCCUCCCAUCUGAGAGAGCUGGACCUGUGUAACAACAACCUGAAGGAUUCAGAUGUGAAGCUGCUGUCUGAUCUUGUGGAGAGUCCACACUGUAGACUGGAGACUCUGAGCUGUUGGUGAUCUCAGUCAGACUUUGAGCAGUGAGGAAGGAGGUUGUGUUGGAGGAUCCGCUGUGUCCUGAUGAUCCAGAGAGGUUGAAGCAGCAGCAUCAGCUCUGACUGGGCCAUGUUACUGGGAGGUAGAGUGGAGAGGAGAGCUUCAUCCAGCAGUGACUGACAGAGGAAUCGCAACCAGUGGAGACGACUCUCAGUGCUGCAGUCUGAACUGCACAAACAUGAUAAAUGAUAAAUGAUAAACAAUAAAGGAUAAAGAUAAAAGUGCUCCAGGAUCAGUAAAUCAGGAUUUACACAUAGAGAUCAAUAAAAAAAAAUCACUAAAAUAAAGCAUCACUAAAAUAAAUAAUAAAAAUGCAGGUAAAACAAGAGCUCUGUGUUGUUCUAUAACUUAUGAUUCUUUGGAUUUAAGGUCUCUAGCUCUUUAGAAACACUUCUACAUUUUUAGAAUUAACAGGACACUGACCCUGUCCUACUAAUACAAAAUGUCCACCUAGUGUUGGUGUGUCUUAAUAUCAAAUGUCCUCUUGUUGCACAAAAACCAAAACACACGCAUUGUUUUUGUUUUGUAAAUUUUCUCUCUGAAAUUCUCCUCUUUGAAUUUAAAAUACAUUUACAAUACUUCUACUUUAUUGUAUAUAUUAAAUUCAAUUCAAUUCAAUUUUAUUUGUAUAGCGCCAAUUCAUAACAGAAGUUAUCUCAGGACACUUUUCAAAUAGAGCAGGUCUAGACCGAACUGAUUAUAACAUUAUUUGCAGAGACCCAACAGUACCACCAUGAGCAAGACCUUGGAGACAAGGGCAAGGAAAAACUGCCUGUUAAAAGGCAGAAACCUAGGACAGAUCCGUCGGCUCUAGGUGGGUGGUCGUCUGUCUCGAUCAGUUGGGGUGAGAGAGAGAGAGACAGAGAGAGAGACAGACAGACAGACAGGUGCACAGCCACAACAGUAGCAACAACUACACUAGUGACUAGUAGUGACUGAUGAUGAUGAACAUGAAGAAGACGAUGAUGACGACAACAGCAGCGAUGGGGGACAACGAGCAGCGACAACGGCAACAACAGUAACUGUAGUAAUAAUAAUAAUAAUAAUUACACUAAUAUCAGUGAUAUUAGCAAUGGCAGUGAAGCAGGACCAUGGCAGGAGGCUCCACCAGGAUCCAUGAGAACCUGCGAGACGAGAAAGCAUAGAAACUCCAGGGAAGAAGUGAAGUUAGUAACAUGCAUUAAUGGGACAUGAAUGAGUGCAGAAAGAGAGAGAGAGAGAGAGAGAGAGGAAGACAGGAGCUCAGUGCAUCAUGGGAAAUCCCCCGAUAGUCUAGGCCUAUAGCAGCAUAACUAAGGGAUGGUUCAGAACUCACCUGAUCCAGCCCUAACUAUAAGCUUUAUCAAAGAGGAAUGUCUUAAGCCUACUCUUGAAUGUGGUGAGGGUGUCUGCCUCCCGAACCACAACUGGAAGCUGGUUCCACAGGAGAGGAGCUUGGUAACUGAAGGCUCUGGCUCCUGUUCUACUUUUAGAGACUAUAGGAACCACAAGUAGCCCAGCAUUCAGAGAACGUAGUGUUCUAGUGGGGUAAUAGGGUACUAUGAGCUCUUUAAGAUAUGAAGGGGCCUGACCAUGAAGCUUUGUAGGUGAGGAGGAGGAUUUUAAAUUCUACGCUAAAUUUUACAGGGAGCCAAUGCAGAGAAGCUAGUACAGGAGAGAUGUGAUCUCUUUUCCUAGUUCCUGUCAGUACUCGUGCUGCAGCGUUCUGAAUUGGAGGAGUUGCAGUAAUCCAGCCUAGAACUAACAAAUGCAUGGAUUAGUUUUUCUGCAUCUGUCUAUGAUUCCUAAUAACAUUGCCUAAAGGGAGCAUAUAUAAAGUAAAUAGUAUUGGUCCAAGUACAGAACCUUGUGGAACUCCAUGACUAACUGUAGUAUUUAUUGAAGAUUCAUCGUUAACAUGUACAAACUGAGAAUGAUCUGAUAAAUAUGACUUAAACCAGCUUAGUGCGGAUCCUUUAAUGCCAAUUUGAUGCUCAAGUUUCUGUAAAAGAAUAUUAUGGUCAAUGGUGUCAAAUGCAGCACUAAGAUCUAAUAAUAGAAGAACAGAGACAGAGAACAGAGAAGUCCAUUGUCGGAAGAAAUCAAAAGGUCAUUAUUAACUUUAACCAGAGCUGUCUCUGUGCUGUGAUGAACUCUAAAUGCUGACUGAAAUAUAGUGUAUAUAUUUUAUAUUUAAUUAUAUUUUACUGUAUUUCAUUCUUUUAUUGUAUUUUCUUGUUUUAUUUUUCAUUAAAUGAGCUCCAAAUUUA